UGGGGAAUGGUUGGAAACAAGUUGAAAAAUCUGACUCGCCCAUGCCGCUUGCAUGCUGGAGCAUGAUGUUCCAAAAGCCCAAGAUGCUGUCCAGAAGGCAGCUGAAGAUGUUCCGUGCACGCUGCCCAUGGUCGCAGGUUUCUCCUGCUUCCUGUGCAAGCGGACACUGCAAGCAGCAGUGGCGACAGGCGAUGGCUAUUCGUACUGCCGCCAGUGCGCUCUGGAUUGGUUUCGCGCCCAAGAAAGAUCCAGAUCCAGUUUGGCAUCGCCGACCACUGGGGAGCCGGUGUCGGACAGGUUGCUUCUUCCAAACUUCAACCUCCGGGAAGCCAUCGCCUCGCUGCAGCGCGAUAUCCUGCCGGUCUGGGAUGAGGCGCAGCGCGAGCGCUCGCAGCUCCGCGGCGAGCUAGCCAAGCUCUCGGGAAAGGAGCAGAAGUCCAGACACGCGUCGGAUUACCGACUGGCCGACGCAGAGGCUUCCGCUGCACAUUUCCAGACCCAGUGGCGAAACGUGCAGCAGGAGGUGCAGCGUCUACAGAUGGAGCUGGAGCGCUAUCAUCAUGUUAUGGAGAAGCGUGAUGUAUCUGGCCGUGACGCAGAAGCCAAGGCCGAGAUGUCCCGGCUGGCGGCAGAGCUGAGGUCCAGCAAUGUGGAGGUGAAGCGGCUGCAGGACGAGCUGGAGAAAACGAGGCAGCAGGCCAAGGGCCAGGCAGAGGAUCUGGAGGCGCUGCGGCAGGAGCUGCGGGCGGCUAGGCUCAGCGAGCAGAAUCUGCAGCAGGAGCUGGCCCGGGCCAAGCACGAAGCCAGCGGCAGCCUGAGGCUGGCAUCCUCGCCCCGCGAAGACCAGCCAGAGCUGGCCAGGGUGAAGGAAGCUUUGGCAGAGAGCCAGGCCCUGGUAAUGACGCUGCAGGCAGAGUUCGUGGCUGCGCGCUUGGGCAGCCCAGCCUCGAGCCCCAAGCCCCCGGAGCUUCCGGCCGAGAGCCUCUUCCAGGCGGAGGUGGCCCACAUGCAGCAGGCCUUGCGGAAGCAAGACGACGUCAUCGCCGACUUGCAGACGCAGAUCACAGCCCUGCGGUCCCAAACCAGCCGCCUGAAGCAGCUGGCGGACUUGCGAGAGCAGCGUCGCUUAGAGUCGCAGGAUGAGAUCCUUCGGCUGAGGGGCGAGCUGCUGACCAUCGAGCGCCGGAAUUGUAUCAGCUCUGAGCUGGAGCGCACGGCCGAGCUGGCGACCAGGGAGGCGGAGCGCUUGGAGCAGGACCUGGACGCCGCCCAGCGCGCGGCUGCCUCCGGCACGGAGCAUCUCCGGCAGCUGGCACAAGAUAUGGGUGCCGAGAGUGAUGAUGACCCUGGCGCUUUUGUGCAGAUGAAGGUUCGGGAGGUGCAAGUCCUGAUGCCUGCGACAGCCAAGCUCCUGAACGCUCUAGGGCUAAGACAUGACCAGGGCAUGCCGGAAGCUUUGCGGAAAGCGGAGGAUGCAGUGAUGGAACUGCUGAAGGUCAAAGCGCAAGCAGCAGCAGCAGCAGGAGCAACCGCAGCGUCCAGGAAAGCACCAAGGCCAGAAGCCUUUGAGGUUUCAAACAGGAGCCGAAGCCAAAAUCCGGAAGUGGAGUCACGGUCAUCCAGCGACGUGGAGCGCCGGUGAAGAGAA